GGGGUGCAAGUGUUGCUGCGGCCGAGUGUCCUGGUGAUGUGAACACACUGUGGGUGUGGAUCUGCGUGGUGACUGGGUUCCAAACACUAGUUCCGAUGAGAAGGGCCGCGGAGCGGAGCCAGGGGGGCAGGCCGGGCUUCCUAGAGGUCCGAGAGUGCGCCCUGGAGCGCGGGAAGAGCCGUGCUCUGAUAGCUGCUCCGCGCAGGCGCGGUUCCGGGUUUGAGAGCCGGGUUUCUGGGCUCUACGGCUCAGCAGGGGGCUCGCCUUGCCCAGUAGGAAUGCCUCGUGUCACCCGGGCGGCCCCUGUAAGCUCGGGAGGAAAGCAGGGCUGCAGCGAAAGGACAAAGAAUUGGACCUGAAGGAUGCACGCCGCCCCUUGGCCCCAGCCAUGGACUCCGCGGCAUCAGCAGAUUGGAUGAGAAGACCUAAGCUAAGGAAUCAAUGCCAAGUCAUGGAGUUUCCAAAGAAGAAUUAUCCCAGGUGGUAUCAGUGGAAAAACACAUUCGAGAUGAACUCUGAUCCUCCAACCUGAAAGCAACCUGUAGUUGUAAGGACUCUAGGUUGGAAAUGCAGCAGAUAAAACAGGAGAGAUAUCUGAAAGAAAUGUCAGUCACUCACCAAUCUAACACCACCCUUAGGAGAGAUUAUGAGUGGAGUGAAUUUGGGAAAAGUUUCAUCUUAAACUUGGUCCUUGUGAACCAAUACAGUAUUCCCACAGAAGGAUCCCGUAAGUGUAAUACAGAAUUCAGACAGGCUUCAGGGAUAAAUAACUCUCAAAGAAGCCAUGCAAGGAAGAAAUCUUGUAAAUGUAGUGAAUGUGGGAAGUCCUUCCAUUUCCAAUCAGAGCUCAGGCGUCAUCAGAGAUGUCACACUGGAGAAAAGCCCUAUGAAUGUAGUGAUUGUGGAUGAGUCUUUGGUCAUCUCUCAUCCCUUAUUAAACAUCAGAGAACUCAUACAGGAGAAAAGCCUUAUGAAUGCAGUGAAUGUGGGAGAGCCUUCAGUCAGAGUUCAUCUCUCGUUCUACAUUAUAGAUUUCAUACUGGAGAGAAACCCUACAAAUGUAAUGAAUGUGGAUGAGCCUUUGGUCAUACUUCAUCCCUUAUUAAGCAUCGGAGAACUCAUACUGGGGAAAAGCUCUAUGAAUGAAGAGAAUGUGGGAGAGCCUUCAUUCAGAGUUCAUCUCUCAUUGUUCAUUAUAGAUUUCAUACUGGAGAGAAGCCCUACAAAUGUAAUAAGUGUGGGCGAGCCUUCAGCCAGAGUUCAUCUCUCACUCAGCAUUAUAGAUUUCAUACUGGAGAGAAACCAUACAAAUGUAAUGAAUGUGGAAGGGCCUUUGCUCAUACCACAUCUCUUAUUAAACAUCAGAAAAGUCAUACUGGAAAAAAGUCUCUGUGAUUUCAGUGAAUGUAGAAAGGCUUUUAGAUGAAACAUAGACAUCACCAAACCUCAGAAAACGCGUAUUGGCAAGAGAUCCUACAAGCAUAAUGUGUGUGGGAUGACCUUCGGUUGGAGGACACAUCUUGUUCAACAUUAGACAGUCCAUAUGAAGGAGAGGCCCUACUGAUGUUAAGAGAGUGAGUGGGCUUUUAGUGACAUCUCCUCUGUUACCAAACACGGGAAAUUCAUUCUACUGAGAGACCAUGGAAAUGUGAGGGUAUAGAAUGUAAACAGACACAGGUUGGGGCCAGCAGGUGGAAUGGUGGUUAAGGUGCUGGACACCCACA